AUGGCGAAUGUUGGUCAGCUGGAUGCAUACAUCCAGAGCGGCGCCGUGAUCGACGAUGCAAGGCUGGACCAAUGGAUUCAAAUGAGCGACAUCUCGAAUGCACAGGGCUACUACAGUGGCGAUGCUGCUGCCGUCAGUGAGGCGGUGCGCCGCGUCUCUCGCACCGUCGUGGCGCAGUACCUGAACAAUGCUGAUGUGCAGGCCGUGCCGCUGCGCCGUAAGACGAAGUUCUGCCUGCUCCUGAACAACUUCUCCCUUUACAAGCCGGUGCGGUCGGUUGUGUUCGAUUGCUUGGAGGGGAUGACAAGCAUCUUCGAGAAAUCCGUCAAGGACGAAGGCACAAUGCCGUUUGACUCGGAGCUAGGCCGCAUGUCGGAGCACGUACUAGUGCUACUGAUGCGCGUGAUGGACUACAAGCUGAAGGCGGCAGCUGUACACGAGUUUGCGGAGCACAACACGCAGUUUGCAAUUCAGCUGCUGCUGGCCAUCUUACUGAAGGAACCGCCGUACGAGUUCGAGCUGCGGUGCAACUGCAUUAGCGGCCUGCUCGGCUUCACCCAGCCGCAGGCUUUCUUUGGGGUGGGCGAGAAGAUCGAGGAGCACAGCUGCGCCAAAUUCACGGAGAAGGUGGACUUCAUGCUGAACCUGAUGCUGCGUCUGCAGGCGAUCCAGGUGGUGAGCGAUGUGCUCGGCGAAGCCAUCGCAAGCUCGGAGACGGUGCCGCCGUUGGUCCAGAGUGCCGUGAACAACACGAUGUGGACCAUCAUGAACAUCUUCAAAUUCUCCUCGAAGGAGGCGACACAGUGGCGUCAGCACAUCCUUCUCUCGACGACCUUCCUCGACGGGACGGUGAUGAUGCAUGUGCAGGCGCUGGCUGCAAAGCUGCAUGAGGCGAUGACCGCCCCGGCGCCGUGCGUCUCUAGCCCGGUGUUGCACUCCCUCAACCUCUCUUUCCUCUUCGGUGCCUUUGCAACGUACCACAUGGAGGAAGCGAGCCAGGAGGUGCGCAUCUUCUGCACCUUCUUCCACGACCUCUUCCAGCUCUCGAUCCGCCCCAUCGUGACGGAUGCACGCGUGUCGGGGCAGGUGAUGGUCAUGUACAUCAACCUCCUCCACUUCAUGUGCAACGUCGACGCCAUGGGCGAGGUGCCCAGCUACCCGAUGGACGGGCUGAUGCCCGAAUUAUCGAGCGCGGCGCUGCGAGCGACCGUUGAGGCCUUCCUGAAGAAGGAGGUGGGCGGCUGCGGACUGCCUUUCACGGAGGCGUGGUAUCGGCAGUUCCGUCGUAUCACGCCCGACACCCUUAUUGCGCAGGAUUCGACCACGUUUCAGUGCAUCGACAAUUGCUUCCUUUCCAUGAUCACACAGCUGACCGCGCAGCAGGCGCCGGUGGUCGCACAGGCUGCUCCGGCUGGUGGCGCGCGCCUGUUGGGCGAGAUGCCGGCGCUGAGGCCAGAGAAGAAGAACAAGAUCUCCAUCGACAAGGCCGCUGCACCAAUCCGGCAUAAAAUGAGUCCAAGUGCGAAGCAGGACAGCGUCGAGGGCAUGGACGCCGACCUCCUGUGCUCGCUGACUGGCGCCGUGAUGAAGAACCCUGUCUCCUCGCCGUAUGGGCAGACAUAUGAAAAGGAGGCUAUCAUGAGCUGGCUAGGGCAGAACGGCUCCGUCUGCCCCAUCACCGGACGUCCUUUGACGGUGGCCCAGCUGACGCCGAACACGGCUGUGGCGACGAAGAUUAUGCAGCAGAUUGUGCGUCAGACCAUGACGUCGCAGCCGGUGGCCGAGGAUGACAUGUACAAAUUCUGA